AGGGCAAAAGGGUAACCGAUACACCUCCCUGCUGGAGAUGAUGACCAAAACGAAUACGUAGCCUACCAACAAGAGGCUCAGUGACUGGGUGCAAAGAGCGCGUGGGACCAACUUCAUCACAACUUCUCAACUUCUCAAACAUAGAUAUGAAUAAUGUAUCGAAACCGCGAACAGUAAUUUCACCUUAACUGUGUGGUGAUGUCGAAAAUCUGCCUUGUUUAGAUACUUAGCGAUGUCAUCAUCACCUUGCCGUUUCGAAUUUUGACCUGGCAAUCUACCGAUAAAUGAUCAUACUUAGAUACAUUAUCUGAAGUCAUUAUUGCCUUGCUGUUUCGAGUUUUCACCUGUCAAUCUACUACUUGACAGAUGAUAGUUUCAGUGCUAAAGAAUUUUCAGAUGUCUUUGUCCGUAUGGAUAGACCACUGAGAGCCUGAAGAUGAGAUGCUGAUUUAGCCACGGAUCUUCUGCUGACUCAAGCAUGACUUUUGGGAAGAGGAGCAUUGUGGGAAAAGUUGUUCUUGUCUCCUAAACCCUUCAAGGCUGUUUGUGAAAAAGAAACCGGGUCAGACAUGAACGGUAAGGGCUGUCACCUCUUGGUCUCUCCCUCUGGUGUACCCCCAUCUCUGGGCAUGAUCACAGGACAGCAGGCCCCCUCCAUCAGGAUGCCUAUGCGCACCACCCUGUCCCCAGGAUUCUGUGCCACCCUGAGCCCCUCACCAGUGGGUAGCAGCUGGGGUAGAGGAGGGGGUGUCCACCACUCCCAGGUACCCCUCAGCUCCGGGACAAACUCUGGGAAUUCUGGGAGUUCUGUCCUGCUCCCUGCCCUGAGUCUCCGCAGGCAGAUGUUGACCAAUGGGAAACAGCCAAAUGUGUCAAGUGUCUCACAGAUGUCAAGGCAACAAGUGCCCGCCCUUCAACUCCCACCCAUCAGCAUUGCAGCCACCAAUCAGGGCAUGGUGUCUGACUGCUCUGACAGUGGUGUCAAAGGUUACUCUGUCUCAGGACCAAGUAUGCAGGUGUUGGGCCAGCCAGCUGGUGCUAACCUCUGGGUCACCAGUAGUCCGAUGGUGGUCCAGAGCCUGGGCCCAGUGUCUCCUGUGAGUGCCCAGGCCUACACCUCAGCUCCUCUGGUACCACAUGCCCCCCAAGACUCCCAACCCCCACAAGGCCUGAUGGUACCCUACACAGAUGCCAGGUCCUUGCUCUCCAGAGAGUCCCUGGCCUCCACCACCCUGAGCCUAGCAGAGACCCAGUCAGUUCUGAGUGGCAGACAGGAGUGGCCCUACGGCUACCGGGUCCUUCCUCCACUCUGCCCACAGCAGGGCUCAACCCUUGGCAGCGAGGGUGGUGAGCUGCUCAGCAUGCCCCCUGGCACUGCCAUGUCAGGGAGCACCAGCAUCUCCAACUCUGCGUCCCUGCCUUCCUACCUGUUUGGCGGGGAUGCCAACAGCCCCCGGCAGUACUCAGCCCGUUCCAAGAAGAGGGCCCUCUCCAUGUCCCCUCUGUCAGAUGGCUAUGGCAUCGACUUCAACUCCAUCAUCCGCACCUCACCCACCUCGCUGGUGGCUUACAUCAAUGGCUCCCGGAGCUCUCCGGCUUCCCACCACACCCUUUCACCCCUCCAGCCUGAGGUCUAUGGCCACUUCCUAGGGGUGAGAGGGAGCUGUAUCCCCUAUCCUCAGUCUCCAGGCCUCUUCAGCCUCCCAGGCUCCACGCUGGCCCUGAUCCCACUGAGUGACCCCCACCCUGGGACGGAGUGUGGCCGCAUGCAGAUGCUGGAGCAGGGAGGGGCGCUGGAGAGCCAGAUGGCUAACAUGGUGGUGGUGGAGCAGCAGUGUCUCCCAGAGGAGGGAGGGACACUACAGGAGGCAGCCAGGAGUGCUAAUGACCUGGUGCCAUCUCUACACUUUCAGCUAGAGUUGGCCACCAUCAUCAGAUCAGCUAGUCCACCACAGGGCCCUCCGCCUCCCUACCACUCUCACCAGCACCUCCACCUCCACAGACCUCCCAGCCACAUCCAGGGCCCUGUCCCACAGGCUCCGCCAGCUCCCCCUGUGCAUGGGGCCAGCCUCCUGCCCCAUCCCCUGUCCCUGUUCCCCAUGCUGGAGGAAGAGGAGGGGGAGACAGAGGACUACAGUGGGGGCCACUGCUGCCGCUGGGUUGACUGCAGUGCUGUGUAUGACCAAAAGGAGGAGCUGGUAAGGCACAUAGAGAAGCUCCAUGUGGACCAGCGGAAAGGCGAGGACUUCACCUGCUUCUGGGCAGGGUGUCCACGCAGGUUCAAGCCCUUCAACGCCCGCUACAAACUCCUCAUCCACAUGAGAGUCCACUCAGGAGAGAAGCCCAACAAGUGCACGUUUGAGGGCUGUCAGAAGGCUUUCUCUCGGCUGGAGAACCUGAAGAUCCACCUGCGCAGCCACACUGGAGAGAAGCCUUAUCAAUGCCAGCACCCCGGCUGCCACAAAGCCUUCAGCAACUCCAGCGACCGAGCCAAGCAUCAGCGCACCCACCUGGACACGAAGCCGUACGCGUGUCAGAUCCCUGGUUGUGUAAAGCGCUACACUGACCCCAGCUCCCUGCGCAAGCACGUCAAAUCCCAUUCAUCCAAAGAGAGGCAGUUGAGGAAGAAGCUGAGGUUGUCCGUUGACAUGAGCCAAGAGGCAUUAACGGAUUGCCUAACCAUCCAACCCCUGAAACCCAGCCUCUCUCCUCUGGACAUGAUUGACAGAAGGUUGGGCCAAUCCCCUAGCCCCUCCAUAGAUCACUACACAGAUUUGCUGUCCAGUGGCCAGUCAAGCCACUGUGUAUCUCUAUCCAUCCCUGUCCCUCCAGCUGUUCCACAGGACCAACGCUCCUCAAACAGCUCACACCUGGCUCUGCAGGACAGUUACAGGUUUGCCAAUAGGUCCCCCCACCACCUCAGCCCCGGGUCACACCAAAACCAACUGCCCGGUCCCUCCACUCCUCUUACCCACCACCAUCCCACUGGCUUAUCUCUAAAGACCAGCACAGCUCUGAGUCAUCCCAGUCACACUCCUGUCGUAAAAACAGACCACCACCCAGGUUUUAGUGGUCAGAUCCAAAUGGUGUACUCUCCGUCAUACAACAAUGAUACACACAGAUCCACCAAGCAGACCAACUCCUGUCACCUGAUGCAAACCCCAGUGUUUGAUGACAGCUUUGCUCCAACAUUUACCACUCAGAAUGGACUAGACAUCUCCCAAAGAGCUCUGUCGUCUGGGCUCACAGUAUACGAUCUGCAAGGUGCGUCACAGGAUCUGCCGGCGCCAGUGAUGUCAGAGGACGCUUAUCUACAUGUCAGCGGGGUGGACCGUUGCUCUAGCCAGCUCUCCUGUAUCUACACUGAGGGUUGACGUCAGCAAAUCUAUCCACUUCUUAAGGCAGAUGCUUUCUUUAAUACUCCUACAACAACCCUAUUGUUCUUCAGCUCCAUGCGCACUGACAUUGACCUGAGUGUGAUGCCCCUAUUGGGUGAGAACUGUAGACAAGAGGAGACAUACAGUAGUUUUAAUUAAUUAAAUGGUCAAAAUGAACAUAUACAUAUCACAUAUUAACUGAUAUUAUUCAAUCGACAUUGUUUUCAUAAUGGCAAGUCAUAUGGUCAUAUGUAUCAUAAAAACUAUUCUGAGAUCCUUACUUUUGAAGUCUGCAAGAUGCUGUCUUCAUUCAACUGAGUAUCAUCCACAAGAGGCUGCUGAGGGGUGAACGGCUCAUAAUAAUGGCCGGGAAGGGAGCAAAUGGAAUGGCAUCAAACACCUGGAAACCAUGUGUUUGAUGUAUUUGUUGCCAUCCCGCCAAUUCCGAUCCAGUCAUUAACACAAGCCCGUUCUCCACAAUUAAGGUGCCACCAACCUCCUGCGGUAACAUCGGAAGUCUAAGCCCACAAUAAAAUAUGCCUCCUAAAGAUUGUGUUGUACUGAAAAAAAUGACACUUCUGUGGGUGCCUAUGGUCUUGAGCUUUGGAGGAUUUUUUAUGUUUACAUUAGUUGAAUGCAUUUGUACUACAGUUGUAUCGAAAUAUUGUCCCUCCUAUUAUGCAAUUACUGUAGAUACCAUAAAAAGCACACAAAAGGCAUGUUAUUUUGUUUUUAAAACGUGUUAGUAGCAUAGGAAUUAUACUGAACAAAAAUAUAAAUACAACAUGUAAACUGUUGGUCCCAUGUUUCAUGAGCUGAAAUAAAAGAUCAGAGAAA